AUGAUCCAAACUUUCAAUGAAGCAAAUGAGAAGAAAAGGCUCAAUCUGGAGUGCUGGCCUGUCAAAUGUCGGGCGAAAGAACGUCGCCAUUGUGACUGGAUCGUAGUUGUGAUCACGGAUGCGCACGAGCUUCAUCCAGAAGCAGCAAAUUGUUGCCACAUUCGGAUUGGCGACUACGAGUGGUGGGAGGCGACACGUCUCGAAAACCCUUCACCCACCAUCCUACUGAGGGGCCAUGAAUACGGCAGUUUCGUCACAUACCAAGUCAAGGUGCCUCGGCACUCGGAUGACCAAAGACAGCCGCAUUUCAGUGCGCUCGAGCUGAGUGUCGAUGCGAGCGGAGCACAAAGACCCAUUUGCGAGGAGGAUGACAAGCUUUGGUCAAACCUCCGCUUGUCAAUGAAGUCAACGCCUAAGCUCACCGACCAGUUGCUCAGAAGGCACAUGCCCGACCCAUCAUGGAAGAUUGACGAUGCAAAGCAGUAUUGUGAUAUCUACCGGUAUGGGACGGAGAAAGAGUUCGAGUUUCAGGCCAAUGCAAUCUCCCAAUUCAACCGGCGAAGUGUUUACAAAUGCUGGCUGGUCAUGUGCGGCCCAAACAAGCAAGGACGUCGGAGAGCUGGACCUGUCAAAGUCGAGCGUCAACAGUGCAUUGUCAUCGUCGCUUUGCGCGAACUUCACGAGUCUUUUCCCAAGGUUGGGGACCCAUGUGACCUUGCGUUCGCUGUCAAGAUUCCAGUGCACGACCCGGAGAACAUCGACUUUGCUCAACACAAUCGCAACCCCAAGACCUCCGCGCACGACAUCAGAAGCACUACAGCCACAGACAAUCAAAGCCUCAAACGUUUGGGCAUUAAGUAUUUCAGGGGGGUCCGCGUCGACAAUCCAAACGACAAGAUCUACCUAGACGGAUCCAAGUGGAGCAAUUGCGCCACUUUCAAAGUCGUGGUGAACUGGCGUACACAAUCGACAGAGCAGUCCUCACCUUUCGCGAAGUUCCAAAGCAAGUUGGACAUAAGUACCUUGGAAGCAAGUCAUGUCGGUGGUCCCAGACCUCGUAUCACCCUCAAUGACGAGGAAUCUUUCGAAGCUCAUGUGUGGUUAGACGUCUCAGACACCACCAUGUCCGUGGAGCUGAAUGCUUUAAAGACAGCGAUGUCCGCAUCCGCUGGCAGUCGUGUUGAAAGAGCGUUUUCCUACAUCAGGGGUUUUGAGAAGGAGGUCGAAAGCUUAGACCUUUUUCGAGCCUUCCCGCAAAUGCAUGAUCCUGACGGUCACCAAAGUCAGCUUCCACAAAGUCUGAAAUUACUAUACCGGCAUCUCGACGACGACCAAAAAGCGGCCUACAGAACUCUCCUCUCAGGUCUUCCGUGUCGAAUUGGCAUCUUCCCCGGCGGCCCCGGCGUGGGCAAGACGCAUUUGAUGCUAACAAUUGCUGCCCUGGCACUCUCGCGGCACUCGCCUCUUGCUGAACCGCAUGCUGCUGUCACCGAGCACACACCGUCUUCCGCCGGCCCCAUCCUACUCAUCGUGGAAGCCAAUCGACCUGCUGACGCUCUCGCAACACGAGUGGUGGAACACUUCAAAACACUCGGCCGCAGGGACUUGCUCAUCUUGCGAGCCUACAAUUUUAACUACGAGGGUGCUUGGCACACGCGGAAUUAUCUCCAGGUUGAGGAAGACGGCAAAGUCUCUUCUGAUUCCAAGUUUGAAGCCUGCUUUCCAACACAUCGCGCAGAUCACAUACCACAGGUUUGCAAGGGGGGUAGUGGCGACUGUCGCGCCCAGACACUGCGGGAUGCUGCUCAACAAUACCUGACCAAACAUGCUGAGGAUUUCCCGAAGCUGUCUGGACUGCUCAACUUGGACUCGGAAGCUGUUGACUCAGAAGAUCAAAGAGAAUAUGAGCUUCGCCAGGAAGAAUGGUAUAACCUGUUCCGAGCAGUACUGGCUCGGACUGACUUCGUGGUUACAACAACUGUUGGAGCCAGCAAAAUUGCGACCCAUGCAUCGGAGCAUUUCCGCCCGCAGCUAGUCAUUUUUGACGACGCAGCUCGCGCAAGAGAAUUGUCCACCCUUGUUGCUAUCGCCAAUUUUCCGUCUGCACAAGCUUGGCUUUUCACUGGAACUUGUGAGACGACUAAACCAUACGUUGGAUCGUAUGGGAAAAGGGAUCUGUGGAAUCCGUGCGUCCAUCAACUCAGGACCUCCAUGAUCGAGAGACGCCUGAAUGUGACAUCGGAUACACAUUCACUGUCAUUGAACCACCAGACUCGUGGUGAUAUUCACUUCCUAUCUUCUGAUAUCUUCUGGGAUGGUCAAAUUCAAUCGGCUUUUGAAAAACAUGAGAGGUUCCCACCGUCCACUUUGCAUCUGCUCGAGUACUGCAAGAAUUUGGCCAUGAAUCAAGAGCUCUCGAUUCCUCGCUUGCUAGUCCAUGUCAAAGGCUCCACAAUGAAUUCAUCGACAGGAAAGAGCAAGUCCAAUGACGGUCAUCUGAAUUGGGUCAUCCAACGGGCUGUCCGGGAUCUGGUGCAAGAUCGGCAAUUCCGUUCAACAGACAAUCAACCGGGCAGUAUCAUAAUCACCACACCAUACAAAGCACAAUUCUCUAAUUACCGGAAGGCAAUUAAUGAUUUGAUGCGAGAGUUGGACAGAGAACACCGCACAGCUGGCGGCUCCGGCAAAGGGUACCAUCGCGAGGUCCUAGUAGAGGCGCGUACCGCCGACACGGUUCAAGGCCACUCUGCCGACCUAGUCAUCUUUGACCUUGUGCAUUCAGAGGCCACGCCCCAUAUUGAUGACGCGAAUCGAAUGUGUGUCGCGCUCACCCGCGCGAAGCAAGCUGAGCUUCUCAUCAUGCAGAGGGCUAUGGUUGGGACCGAAGGGCUUGAUCACGGGCGCCGUCGUUUCGACGGAACAUAUGUCGACUUGGUCUACGAUCAUUGCAAGGCCCAUGGGCAGAUCAUCACUGUGGAGGGGGUAGAAACAGACAAAUUGGCGCAGAGCUACAUUCUGCAGCGAGACGGUGCCAGCUCUGGGCGCGAUCGGUCCGCGGUGCCCCGGCAGCUUCCGUCUGUCCCUCGAUCACUGGCUCUGCCACAGAGCGACGGACGAGUUGAAGUCUCUUCGACUUCUGUCGGAUCCAAUUCACAAUCUGGAAAGGAAGCAAGAGAUGGAUAUGAUGAUGGAAAUCCCAUAUCUGGCGAGAACUUUUCCUUUGAGAUGGUCAAGAAGGCAUUGCAGCUUGGUCUCAGCUAG